AUGAACAAGCUGUAUAUCGGCAACCUGAGCGACAGCGUGAGCCCGGUGGAUCUGGAGAGUGUCUUUAAUGACUCCAAGAUCCCUUACACCGGCUCUUUCCUGGUGAAAGCGGGCUAUGCGUUCGUGGACUGCCCCGACGAAAACUGGGCGAUGAAGGCCAUCGAAACCCUAUCAGGUAAAGUGGAGGUACACGGAAAACUCAUCGAGGUGGAACACUCGGUCCCGAAGAGGCAGAGGAGCCGUAAGAUCCAGAUUCGAAACAUCCCACCUCAUCUUCAAUGGGAGCUGACGGUUGAUUUGUACUGUGGGCCCUUGUCCCUUGGUACACAAGUUGUCUUCAUUCCUUGCUGGAAGGUUCUGGAUAGCGUCUUGGCUCAGUAUGGGUUGGUGGAGAGUUGUGAGCAAGUGAACACUGAUACUGAGACUGCCGUGGUCAAUGUGACCUACAGCACCAAGGAGCAGGCGAAGCUUGCGAUUGAGAAACUGAAUGGCUUUCAACUAGAGGGCUACAGCCUGAAAGUUGCCUACAUCCCGGAUGAACUGGCCGAGCCACCUGCCUCAAGCUCUGCGGCCGGGCCGAGUCGCCGUGGCUACGGCCACAGGGGACCGCAGAGACAGGGAUCCCCAGGAGGAGCUGCUGCGCAGAACCACCAUAAUGAUAUUCCGCUUCGUAUGCUGGUCCCAACCCAGUUUGUUGGAGCGAUUAUUGGGAAAGAAGGUGCCACCAUUCGAAACAUCACCAAGCAGACCCAGUCUAAGAUUGAUAUUCAUCGCAAGGAGAAUGCUGGUGCAUCUGAGAAGCCGAUUACUAUUCAUGCUUCUCCUGAAGGCUGUUCAACUGCUUGCAAGAUCAUCAUGGAGAUCAUGCAGAAGGAAGCCCAGGAUAUGAAAUUGCACUUCCAUGGUAUUUCAUCUCGGACCUCGCUUAGUGCAAUGCCUCGUUCAUACAACGAGGAUCUUCCUUUGAAGAUUCUGGCUCAUAACAACUUUGUUGGCCGCCUGAUUGGGAAGGAAGGAAGGAACCUGAAGAAAAUCGAGCAGGAUACUGAUACCAAGAUCACCAUCUCGCCUUGUUGGUUAAGGCUGCAGGAGUUGACCCUGUAUAAUCCGGAGCGUACCAUCACCGUUAAAGGUAGCAUUGAGACCUGUGGCAAGGCCGAGGAGGAGAUCAUGAAGAAGAUAAGGGAGUCUUAUGAGAGUGAUCUCAGUGCUAUGAAUGUGAGUUCUGAAAUACUGGAGCUUCAAGCCCACUUACUUCCUGGAUUAAACCUGAAUGCCCUGGGUCUGUUCCCAGCCUCUACUACUGGGAUACCCUCACCCUCCACUUUGGGGGUUCCUUCGGCUGCAACUGCUACUAACUACCUGGCAUAUGGGCAACAGGCCGAGAUGGAGACUGUUCACCUGUUCAUCCCUGCCAUGUCUGUGGGCGCCAUCAUUGGCAAGAUGGGCCAGCAUAUCAAGCAGCUCUCUCGUUUCGCCGGAGCUUCCAUCAAGAUUGCCCCACCUGAAACACCUGAAGCCAAGGAGAGGAUGGUGAUCAUCACUGGACCCCCUGAGGCCCAAUUCAAGGCUCAGGGAAGGAUCUAUGGAAAGCUGAAGGAAGAGAACUUCUUUGGCCCCAAGGAAGAGGUGAAGCUGGAGGCCCACAUUAAAGUGCCCUCCUAUGCUGCCGGCAGAGUCAUUGGCAAAGGAGGAAAAACGGUGAAUGAGCUUCAGAAUUUGACCAGUGCCGAGGUGGUGGUUCCUCGUGACCAGAUCCCUGAUGAGAACGAUGAAGUGAUUGUGAAGAUAACUGGCCAUUUCUAUGCGUGCCAGCUCGCCCAGAGAAAAAUCCAAGAGAUUCUGGCCCAGGUUAAAAGGCAGCAGCAAAUGCUGCAGAAGAAUGCCAAUGCCGCCGCCGCGGCUGCUGCCGCUUCCGGUGCGACCGGCAAUGGCGGCGCCUCUGCCUCUGCCGCUGCCGCGGCAGCUGCCUCCGGGCCAAACGGCCAGCCUCAGCUCAGGCGAAAAUAG